GCUAGCAGAAAGGAAGGCGUAAACUAGCACGCAAAGGCGGAAAUUCAACCGUUAAAUAACAGUCGCCCACCAAUCACACAAGGAAUGUGAAAUAUCUCACUCUCUCUUUCCCCAUCCCACCUAAAUCCCUUGAUUUUUUGCAAUAUCUGCGCGCUCAUGGACUCGAUUUCUCUCGCCGCCGCUCUCCACGCCGUCGUUCCACGUCCGGAGGCAGUCUCAACCGUCCAUGGCCGCAGUUUACCCUGCAGCAGCUCCUUCUUCCGCGCGCCAGCCUCUGCAAGCAGUUCCGUCCGGCGGAGUCAGUUUUCAAAGUCUCGGCGGCUGGAUGCCUUUUCAUUCGCCUCCAACGGUUCCACCAGUUCCGUUCCCUGUUUAUCCUUAUGCACUUGGUAUCCUUGUCACUUACAGACACGGGAAGGGAUCUAUACCGUUGGUGAUUUUAUGACAGGGAAAGAGCAUUUGCAUGCGGUAAAACCUACAACUACUAUUGAUGAAGCUCUGGAUAUCCUUGUUGAGAAACGAAUCACUGGAUUUCCUGUGAUUGAUGAUGACUGGAAGUUGGUUGGUGUUGUUUCUGACUAUGAUCUAUUGGCAUUGGACUCCAUCUCAGGUGGUGGACAACAGGAAAUACCUAUAUUCCCGGAUGUUGAUAGCUCCUGGAAAACAUUCAAUGAAAUUCAGAAGUUACUCAGUAAAACUAAUGGGAAGGUUAUCAGUGACGUUAUGACUCCUGCUCCCCUUGUCGUCCGUGAAAAUACCAAUCUUGAGGAUGUUGUGAGGAUAUUGCUUGUAACAAAAUUCCGGCGGCUACCGGUUGUUGAUGGUGAAGGAAGGCUGGUUGGGAUUAUUACGAGGGGCAACAUUGUGAGAGCUGCUCUUGAGAUAAAGCAGGCUGGUGAUGAAUUGUGAUUGGUGUCAUGCAUGACCUUAAGUAAAGUUAUACGGGAUACAUGAUUCUCUGUUGCCGACGCCACUACAUCAAUUUGUGGAAUAUCGACACACUGCAACCUUCUACUGAUAUUUGGCAGUCACGACUGCAUAGGUAAGCGAGAAUGUGUCAGUUAUAUCGACGAGCACUCCAUUCUGGUGCAGCAUCUUCAUAUAAGUUGUAGUUAUGCAUGUAUUUUUCGGCAUUCGUUAGAUUACAGAACUGUAGUUAUGAUCACCCUUGGACAUAGAUAAUGUGAUUUUAUCUCUCAUGGUCCUUAAUGCCUUACGCGAUCAACAAAUAUGUGAUAUAUCUUAUAGUCA